AAUAAAAACAAACAUAAAAAGAGAGCGAAGCAUUAACACACACACUCACGGAGGAUGAGGGUUGCGGCGAGUAGAGUCGCCUUCGCCUCGGCGAUCCCAUCCUUCCGCGUCCGAUCCAUCCCCACCGUCCGAUGCUCAUCCUCCUCCUCCGCCGCCGCCGCCGCCGCCUCCGCCGCCGCCACCACCACCACCUCCGAUCAUAUUACAUUUAUCAAGGAUAUUGCUGCAACAAAACCUCCUGAGCAUCUUCAUUGCUUGUUGAACAUGCUCCAAGCACGAGGCGAUGCAAUUAUAUCUCCUGGAGCCAGGGAAGGAUUGAUUCCACUCGUCAUUCCUCUAUCAGAAAGUCCAUCAGGUACUUUAACAUCCUUGCUAAGGUGGCCAACGGCUCCACCUGGGAUGGAGAUGCCAGUCGUGCAAGUUCGUAAGAAUGGUCUCUGGCUUUUGGCAAAGAAUGUUGAUCAAUACAUUCAUAGAAUCCUUGUUGAGGCAGAUGCCAGCAACUUUGGAGAAAGUAGCGAUGAAUUAUGGAAUGCUUCUGCUGAAGCUGGUAAAAAGCUUUACAAUAGGGGCGACUUUGAAGAGUCGCAAGUUGCUGAUCUGGAUAUCUAUAUCUUGAAGAAGGUUGGACUUUUCCCAGAUGUUAUAGAGAGAAAAGUUGCACGGCAUCUGGAUAAAGGAGAUCAUGUUUCUGCACUCGUUACUGGAGAAUUCUAUACUAGGAACCAAUUUCCAGGAUUUGGACGGCCUUUUGUGCACUAUGCAGAGAUUUUGCUGAAGAUUGGGCGUAAACUUGAAGCCAAAGAUGCAGCCCGCGGUGCACUGAAAUCACCUUGGUGGACUCUAGGUCGUAGAUACCGAGACAUUGCUGAGGUUGCACAGUGGGAGGAUGAGCAAAUUGAAUUUAUAAAGGAGAAAGUGACCGAAGAGGGCAAGCAAGAAGAUCUCAAAAAAGGAAAAGCACCUGAACAGGUAGCUUUGGAUGAAGCUGCUUUCUUACUGGAUUUAGCAUCAAUUGAGGGAACUUGGGAUGAAGUAGUAGACCGUAUUGCGGAAUGCUACAGGGAGGCGGGACUUCAUGAUAUUGCGAGGUUUGUAACAUACAAAGAGUAGAUUUUGGAGAAUAUACACAUAGGUACGCCGACUUCGGAUUUCCUUGUUUCUUGGAAAUUGAAGAAACACUUACUUGUUGGCUCCUUUUAGUUCUUUAUAUGUACCAAUCCUACUAAUUCUCAACAUAAUUUCCAUUGUUGUCCUUCACUCUAUCUCUUGCUCAUUCAUCUUUAAUAGCAUCCAUGUUGCAAACAAAACUAAAGGAGAUGAAUGAUACUUCUCCUCUCAAUCUACUAUUACUGUAACUUUUAUGUUAACUCAUUCUGUUAAUAAUAGGCUUCUUGAUUUCUCUUAUGA